CUGUGGCUGUCAUUGCUUUAGACAGAUACUUAGCAAUUGUUCGUCCUAUGGUUUAUGGGUUGAUGGUGACUGGGAACCGCUGCUUGCUGAUGUUAGCCUGGUGUUGGGUUCAAGCUCUUCUCACUGCUCUACCACCAUUACUGGGAUGGGCCAGGUAUAAGAGCCAUGGUGCAGAGGCACAGUGUAGCAUAGCUUGGUCAGGUUCCCCAUCUUACACUGCUGUUUGGGUCAUCAGUGUCUUCCUCAUUCCUGUUAUUAUUAUGCUUAUAUGUUACUACUACAUUCUUCAGGUGGCACGCAAUAAAUGCAGACAGAUUCAUGUAGGAAAAGUAUUGGGGUCCAUCUCCUCUCCCAUCACUCCAGAGCCUUCCUCCGUCUGUCUGGAUGACACUUGUCUCCCACGUGUUUCGAAGCCUCCGCUGGAAAAUGGAUCAAGUAUUCCACUACAGGGUAGAUUAAAUCUUCUUCUGGAGAGUAGGUUAAGCGUUCCUUUACAAAAUGGAUCAGGCCUGUCUCUAGAGCACAAAUCCAGCCACCCUUUGAUAAAUGGUACAGGACAUCUGCAGAUUCCAAACUCUGGUGUGUCUGAGGGCCUGGGUGCUCUUACUAGUCAAGAUAUACCUUGUCGAAGUCGCAGUGUCACUCUCAUGAACAGGAUCAGUGAAGCUGGUACGGCGUCGUUUGCACCCAAAAGGAAACUGGCAGACUUUGGGAGGUCACUAUCAUUCUGUCAGCCACAGACUGUUCGACCAUGCUUGCGACGGGCACAGAGUAGUAUCUCCAUGCGACCAUCAACAGCAAGGAAGAAAUUGAGCCUGGGAGGCCGCAAACCUUCAUGGAGCUGGGAAGCUUCGCCGGCCAAAGGAUUUAGGACAGUUUGUGUGGUGGUUGGGACUCAUGUAUUCACUUGGGCUCCAUACUCUGCCUUGGCUAUAGCAGAGGCUAUACUGGGUCAGGAAUAUUCCUCUCAUAUCCCUCACUGGGUCACGGUGACAUCAACAUUACUGCUCUUUACAGCCAGUAUAUUUUACCCCAUUGUGUAUGGGCUCUAUAAUCGAAGCAUAAGGAAGGAGAUAGUGGCAUAUGUGUGUCCAAUUAGCAGUCGAGAUAGACGGCGUGGAAGCUGCCACCGUCGCACAUCCACACUACACUCCAACACAGGAAGUGUCUUGGACUUCUCAUCAUUGCGCAGUCGUGAGAAUGAGGAACAACAACAACAGGAAGCCCUGACGUGCCCCAACCCUGGCCUCUUAACAGUACCUAUAAGAACAAUAUCUGGUACUCUUGCUAAUUCGACCGUACCUUCUCUCUCACCUCUACUCAUCCUGGCAGAAUAUGAUGAUUUAUCCAAGCAAAAUUAUGUUAUCAGUGUCAGGAAGCCAUCACAAGACUCUGGAGCAGUGAUGGGCAGUAGUGAUGACCCUGAUUCUGACAUGGAAACUCCUGCAUGUCUCCCACAACAUAUUCAUUCCACACGUCGGGUGUCAGCUCCAAGCAUUCUUGAUACUGUGUGUGAGAAUCCACAUACCAUUAAAGUGCCACUUGAUGCCAUCAACAACAUGUCUUCAGCAACACACAAAAGAAAGUCGCCAAUAAUUCCUUUUGCUUCUCAAAUGCUUAAUGCUGGUGCCAAAAUCAGUUCAUUAAGACGGUCACAUAGUCUGGAGAUGAUGACUUCCUGUGAUAACAUUGUUGAAAAAGAGACAACACUGAAAAAUAAAAUAACUUAUAGCAGUUUGCAUAAAAAACAUUCCCUUUCUCCAGUAGUAAGAGAAACACAUUUCAACACACCAUCUGCCUGUGAACGAAUUCAGAGACGGAAAAGCUCUGUAUCGGUGGUGAAAGUAGUGGCAAUUCCAGAGGACAUUGGCACCCUGGAGUGUGCAGACUCUGGGAGUAGUGUGGACAGUGGUGGUGAUGGUGUUAAAACAUGUGCCAACAGGCAGGUAAGUAUUGAUGAAGGGAUAGGAGUAGACUGUCUUAUAGAAGAGGAAAGCAUUUGAAAGAAUGCAUCAAAUCUCCACAAACCUUAAAAAGGUUUAGAGAAUAGGUGGAACAUGCAUGCAAUUGGUUUUAAAAGUUCUGCUCCCAAAACCCAAGACCAAACUUCAUUGUUAACUGGCUGGUCAAGCUGGCUGUUGGCACUAAUGGCUUGCAUACUCUGGAUUGCUCUUGCAGCUGGUCCCCUCAGGGAAGGUGCCUUGAUGGUGGUAAGGAACUUUUGAUCCAAGGAAGUGGACCUAUCUGGCCCCUCCUUGGAUCAAAUGUGAUUGCCUCUCAUUCCUUAUGUACUGUAUAACCCUUAUGAGUUUAGUGCUUUCCCAGAUUAUAAUAAUCUUAGUGUGUGUGGUGUAGGUACAGUACAUCUUUUUUAGUUAUUCACUAUGUACCUCUACCAUUAUUAUAAGCACAAAGAAGUGCUAAACCCUAUAGGGUCCUACAACACUGCAACCUGUACCAUAAACCAGCUAGUUCUUCCAAAGUUUUCCAUGGCCUUAGCUCUCAGUAUUGCUAAUAUUAGGGCUAGUAAGUAUGUUUAAACCCUUAUACUUCAUCCUCAUUCCUUAGUUUAGUAACUGUGGUUGAGCUUCCUGCUCCCAGCUGACUUUUCUAUAAUAAUAAAAUGUUCCCAGCUGAAAAGACCUGGAUUUUUUCUGGGAGAGGCAAGAUAUAUGGGCAAGUCUCUCUUCACCUGCUGUCCUUGUUCACCUAGCAGGAAAUGGGUACCUGGGUGUUGGCUGUUGUGGGUCACAUCCCAAGGAAACAAAUUAGUACCCCAAUAUUAUUAAGUGCUAAACUCAUAAUGGUUAUACUGUACAGUGAAGCUAGUACUCCAGUAAAAAUAAUACGUUGACUUUCUCGAGUUACUCUAGAUUAACCCUUUUGAGGGUAAUCCACUUAGUUGUUUUCAUCAUUUAUCCUUGGCAUUUUGCAGGUCAUUGUUAGGAGACUGUACUUUAUAUUUCUAUAUUCAGCAUUUAUACCCUUCUGUGAAUACUACCCAUACUAUUAUUAUUAAUUUUGUAUUGUAAUAUCCACACAGUAGUCUAUGUUAAUAGGGGAAUUUACAUUUCCUCAAUGUCUUAAGUUUUAUUUAUUUCUGCACUUGUGUAAAACAAAUUACACUACCUCAUCUAUACCAUGUUCCUGAAGUUUUAUCAAUACAUUGUGUAAAAGGUCAUUUGAAUUGUGAUGUCUUCUGUGAAUUGUGAUCUAUUUCUUUGGGUUUGCCUUGCCUUUGGUGGGGAAUAGUGUUAAAAAAAAAUUGUGGU